AUGGAAGAUACUAGGGCACCUUAGGAUGCAACUUACCUGACAGUUCACCCUUUGCAAUUGUACUCAAUUGAUCAAGAAUACAAAAAGGACAUAGUUAAAUCUGCAUUUAGUUAUGCUUUUAUCCAGCGAAUUAAUGGUGAUAAGCACACCUUCAAAUGUCUUACAAUUGUUGAUGAUAAUCAAAUAAUGAGCCCUGAUUAAACUGAAAAUCUCCUUCCAAGAGAUUUGGACACUAAAUUUUCUGAUUUCCAUCAUGAGACUUAUUCUGAUCAUUACUUUAACUGGAGAUGGUUUUAGGAUGCUAAUGGAAAGUACCACAGAGUGGUUACAGUUGAAGAUUUUACUGAGGAAAAGUUGCCCUCUAAUGCAGGAAUCAAAUUCAAGGCAAUAGAUUUACUUUGGGAAGGAAAUGCUAAGGAAGAAGUUCAGUAUUCGGAUCUUAACUGGAGAUGGUAUAGACGGGGAAAGACUGCUGAAUUCUAUAAAGUAGUUACUAUAGAGUGA